GCUAAGAGCUUGGAAGAGCGAAGGGUGUACUCACACUUUUGUGCCAGUUUUUUUUUUCUGAACUGAUCUGGUCGUGAUUGCGGUGAGAUUCCUCGAGCAAGGUCGCUAGUGUGUGCCCUAAGAGGAUCAAUCUAUGGGUUGCUUAUUGUGGGAGCUCUCCAGAGCAACUAGUAUGCGCUACGAGAAUUUUUACGUAUCACCUAUAGCUUAAGUUCUCUUGGUCGGAGGCUAUGGCGAAGGACGCUAUAGUGUAUAUCAACGGCAGAAGGAAAGUUUUGCCGGACGGCUAUGCUGAGAGGACGCUAUUGGAUUACCUCCGAGACAUUGGCUUGUGCGGGACAAAGCUUGGCUGUGGUGAAGGUGGUUGUGGUGCUUGUACUGUCAUGGUGUCUCGCUAUGACGAUGCCAGCAAGAAGAUCAUACAUCAGUCCGUAAAUUCAUGCCUGGCACCGCUCUACUCCGUGGAAGGAAUGCAUGUGACAACGGUGGAGGGAGUCGGCAAUCGGCGUGAUGGACUACACCCUGUCCAGGAGAGCAUGGUGAGGUCACACGGCUCUCAGUGUGGCUUCUGUACGCCCGGAUUCAUCAUGUCGAUGUACUCGUUGCUGCAAGCGAGCUCGUCUAAGCCCAGCGAGGAGGAAAUUGAGGAUAAUCUGGCAGGUAAUCUCUGCAGAUGCACGGGGUACCGGCCAAUCGUGGAUGCAUUUCGACAUUUUGCAGGAAUAGGAAACACCAAUACGUCUGCUGCUGCCAUCUCCCAUGGCGCCAAAGAGUCUGAACGUGUCUGCAAAGCUGGUGAAGGAGGUUGCAGCGAUAAUGCAGCAAAGAGGGCGGAGGAGUCCUCAGAAGCUGCCAGCUCAGAAACAGAAGACGGAAGUGCGCAAGGCCGAGUAGCUGAGGGCGCGUCAAUCCAAAACAGUGAUUCAAUGAAGUGCCCAGUUACAAAUCACGCUUGCCCGAAUCAUGGCCGGUCAUCAGUCGAUGGCAUUGGCGACAUUGAGGGAGAUCAACAAAACCCAGGUAAACAUGGGGACCUUCAUUUUCCACGAGAAUUGGUGGCGCGAAAGGCCCAACCCUUACUCAUGAGGAGCUGGAUUUCUGAAGGGCCAGUAUGGGUCCGCCCGACACGGUUUGCAGACCUGCUCCGCAUCAAGGCGAUGUACCCUCAGGCAAGGUUGGUUGUAGGCAGUACUGAAGUCGGCGUCGAAUUGAGGUUCAAACAUCUGAGCUGCCCAUUGCUGGUGGGUGUGACGCAUGUGGCGGAGUUGAAUGAGGUGGAGGUCACCGAGGAGGGGCUGAGGAUCGGCGCGGCGGUCACGCUGUCACAUCUGGAGGCUGUUCUGAAAGAGCUCUUGGAGGACGGAGGAAGCGGCACGCGGAAAUGGGAGAAGUGGAGAAUGGAGGGGUGUGCGGCCCUUCUUCAUCAGCUGCACUGGUUUGCCGGUCGCCAAAUUCGGAAUGUCGCAUCUGUUGGAGGAAACAUCGUCACUGCGAGUCCGAUCUCUGACUUGAACCCUGUAUGGAUGGCGACGGCUUCUGUCUUUGAGCUGGAGGCUGUCGCCGACGGUGAGCAGGAACAAAGUAGAAAGCGCGAGGUUCCAGCCUCUGGUUUCUUUCUCGGUUACAGGAGAGUCGACCUAAGGGAAAAGGAAAUUCUGAGGUCUGUUUUGCUUCCAUGGACCAGAAGGUGGGAAUUUGUGAAGGAGUUCAAGCAAUGCCAUCGGCGGGAUGAUGACAUUGCGAUAGUGAAUGCGGGCAUGAGGGUGAAACUGCGAAAAGGCGAGGAGGGAGAGCACGAAGACUGGGUGGUAGAGGAUGCCUGUCUUGUGUAUGGAGGUGUGGGGCCGAUCCCCAUUGCUGCAAAUAGAACAGUGAGAGGACUCAUUGGACGGCGAUGGACUCCUGACACGCUGACCACCGCACUCGCAAACCUUUCGGAUGACGUGGUGAUCACGAAAGAUGCUCCCGGUGGAAUGGUGGAAUUCCGGAAGUCGUUGGCCGCAAGCUUUCUAUUCAAGUUCUUCGUCCAUGUCGCGAUGAAGAUGGAGCGCGAGGGAGAAAAUGUCAUCAGCCUCCCUUGGAACGAGCACCGAAGCGCAGCUUCCCCGUAUAUCCGGUCCCCAAGCCACGGGAUGCAGUACUACGAUAAUGGGGGACCGGUGUCGCCCGAGGGCGCCGUGGGAGCAGCGUCUCCACAUCUGUCUGGUGCUUUACACUGCACUGGGGAGGCACAGUAUGCGGAUGAUAUGCCCUUUCCGGUUGAUGGCCUGCAUGCUGAGCUCGUACUGAGCACGAGGCCGCAUGCGCGAAUCAAAGGAGUGGAUCUGGCAGCCGCCGUGAUUGUUCCCGGGUUCGUUGGUUAUUACGGUGCAGAUGAUAUUCCUGGGAAGAACGAUAUCGGGCCCGUUCUCCAUGACGAGGAGUGCUUUGCGUCAAAGGUCGUCACUUGUGUUGGGCAGGUCAUCGGGGUCAUCGUUGCCGAAACAGCUAUGGCUGCCAAACUUGCUGCUCAUCGUGUUGUCGUGACUUACGAAGAUCUUCCGGCUUGCAUCACCAUUGAUGAGGCGAUCAAGGCGAACUUGUAUCACACCCCAGCGCCGCUUACAGUCACAAAAGGUGACGUGGAUGCCUGCUUCUCGAGCGGAGAGUGCGAUUAUGUCAUUGAGGGCGUGGCCAAAAUGGGAGGCCAGGAGCACUUCUACCUGGAGCCUAAUUCAACCUUUGUCGUGCCUGUUGAUGGAGGAGCGGAAAUGCACUGCGUUUCAUCCACUCAGCUCGCGGUUCUCCGCGCGCAACUCGAUGAUAUGUUGGACAAGGGUUGGAUCUGCCCUAGUAGCUCACCAUACUGUGCGCCAGUGCUCUUCGUACGGAAGAAGAACGAGGAUCUUCGCUUGUGCAUCAACUACCGCAAGCUCAACGCGCAAACCGUCAGGAAUGUGGGGCCUCUUCCUCGUAUUGACGAUCUCCUUGAGCGAUUGGGUGGCGCGAAGUACUUUUUUAAGUUGGAUUUGAAAUCGGGAUAUCAUCAGAUUUCGAUCCGGCCGAACGAUUGUUAUAAAUCCGGGUUCAAGACGCGGUAUGGGCAUUUUGAGUGGGUGGUCAUGCCUUUUGGCCUCACCAACGCCCCGACAACCUUGCAAGCGGCAAUGACCAACGAGUUCCGUGCGAUGUUGGACCGAUUCGUGCUGGUCUACUUAGACGACAUUCUCGUUUAUAGCCGGACAUUGGAGGAUCAUCUUGAGCACCUUCGACGAGUGUUGGAGACGCUCCGCCGUGCCGACUACAAAGCCAACCGCGGCAAGUGCGAAUUUGUCUGGCAAGAGCUGGAAUACUUGGGCCAUUUUGUCACACCGGAGGGCAUCAGUCCGUUGUCGGACAAGAUUUAAGCCAUCCAAGAGUGGCCGGAGCCGCGGAACGUC